CUGGGGUGACAUAUCAAACUAUGCGGAUCUACAUUGUGCUAUGCUGUUACGAGGUCGGACUUGCAACAUCAUUGUUUUACCGAGGGUGCUUGGUGCGACGGCCACGCUUUCGUCACCUCCGAAUCCUCUCUUCUGCCGCUUUGUCCUACAAACACAAAAGGCUACAGCUCGCUCGUGGUACCGGAUCUGCAUCAUAAGACUAAUGUAUAGUGGGCAGGUGGCUGAAUUCAGCCUCCAAAGUACCAAUGGUGUUUCAAAAGCGUCAUGAGACUCGCCUGAAGGUGGAGGGGCUCCUUGCCAGCCAGGGUACAGUUAUCUCGAUGUUCUCGAACUGGUCACCGAAAGUGCCUUUGCUCGCCUAAGAUUGGGGAAGAUGCGCAUUUCUCCACCAACGCCAGAUGAUGUCAAAGGCACGACCUCGGCGCUAUUCUGCUGUUGGUCAGGGCGCCGACUAGCCCUAUUGGAGGAACCAGUACGCACCGCCGUCACCAACGAGGUAGUCAGCAACCAGACCAGAAGCCGUGUGGGAGUACGCAGGACCCUACGCUAGCGUUGGGAGUUCGGUUUGAGUGAUCCAAAUGGUACUUACAACGCCAACCUAGAAAAGCCGUUCCUCCAGCUGUGCUCUAGGCCUGUCCAGGUUCCGACGGGAAUUUGGAAUCAGUGAACAAGUCUCAAAAUCAAAUCCACCCGAUCCGCAAUUGUCUGGACUGUUUAGAGCCACAGCUUCUCCAGUAACCUCGAUCGCCACGUUCGGUUUCAAGCGGCCAUGCGAUUUUGCAACAGGGCGCCAUAAAAAAAACUAAGGCGCCUAGCGUGGCGCUAAGCAGUAAACCGAGGCAAAAAGAGCUGAUCGGUCAAACAGGCUAGCCAACGCGGCGAAUCGAUCAGGAUCCAGAGUCACCAUGGAUUAGAAAUGUUUUAGGAGACAAAAUCACAGACACUAGGCUACGAGUUGGUUUGUAUUUGCGCAUGUGCAAAUGGUCCAAGUGUACCUUGGUGAGUGCGGUUAUCAGUGGCGAAAAUGGUUAAGUUUCGACCGAGAAGUCACCGCUGGGAUAACGUUUAAGUGCGGCGGAGGGUUGUCUUUCACUCGCGACAUGAAAGCCAACUAGACCGUACGCCAGCGAACCAAAGUCGAACACAAGUCCUUGCACAGUACAAGAGGUCAUAGCACCAAAUCCCAGCGGUGACGGCUACGAAGUAGAUACACUUGGGCUUGAUACAGAGGCUAUCUAAGAGGCUCCUAAGAAAAGGCUGUGGAUACGGAUGCAAGGACGGUUCAACGUGUUACGUUGUAGCGGAGUCUAAUGGAGCCAUCCACGCACUUACCAGGGCAGUGUGUGUGCUCCUGGGCCGCCUCUGCUUUGCCAGGAUACGAGCUGGACGCUUUCCGGAGAGUUUCUAUGCAGAGCCGGGGAUUUCUUUUCAACACAAACAGCUUAAGACAGCCUUUGUUUCCAGGUCAUCAUAGCGAGCAGGCAACUAGGGCUAAGGCGCUGUUAUGCGGCAAGGCAGGGAGGAUCCCGCGUUGGCUGACCAUGUAAGCCAACAGACGGAUCGAACAGAGUCUGCUCGGCCCUAGUCGAUGUCGGAAAGACCCCAUGGAAUUCACAAUUAUGCCACCAACCAGAGACGUGGUGCAUCUGAUCUAGCAUACAACCCUCCCGCUGGUCCUCUGCUACCCAGAUCACUCACGAUGAUCCGAGUAUUGGACUACGGGGAUUAGUCUAACGACUAGAAUUAAUCCUGCUGCCUGCGUGCUUGGCUUGCAAAGGCUGCAUCUUAUGCAGAUGCCAUCGGCGCGGCUGUCAGCACCACUGGGGCCGACUCGAAGCGCGCCAAUCUGAAGCCCCUGGGUAAGUGGUGGCCAGCACUACCACCAUGCACCAUUGGGAGAUCUGACACUGGGGACGCUCCGCUAUAGGCAGCAAUAAUAUGCACCAAAUAUGUGCCAUGGGGUAUUUAGAAAUGAGUUGCCAAAAGGGAGAAUUGCCAAACCUCCGUUUCAUCGCUUUCCGCAUUGGGAGUCGAUCACAGCAACACAGAAACUGCUGACGUGAGUCUGGCCCAGCGAGUGCCGCAAAAACUAAGACCCGCGGCGUCCGUUAUCGCCCCUCCAUCCGGCAGCGCGCACCAAAACUCAGAUAUCUCUAUUCCCGACGUCACUGCAUCGGCAUCGGCAUCUCUUCAACUCGCACCGCAGAAACCCCGUUCGCUUCAUAACAGUCUUCGUUUAAUCUCAGUUUCACAGUGCAUCUCCGUGUGCACCGAACCCCGCGCCCGUCAUGGCCGCCGCACUCGACAACGCCAACCCCACCAUCCUCAGCGCAUCCCAGCUGCCCACGCGACAGUCUCGAGCAGCCCCUCGCAAGGGCCCUGAUUCCAAAUAUGCAGACCUAAUCUUCUCCAAGCCGUCCUAUCUCUCAGAACCGUACUGUGAUGAGUACACGCUGUGGCCGUCGAGCGGCAGCGAUUCUCCCGCCGAGGCUGGCCCAGAACCUAUUGACGAGCAAGAGAUUUACGAUCUAAUCUAUACCAUUACCGAUCCCGAACACCCCGUCUCACUCGGCCAGCUGUCUGUCAUCAACCUGCCCGACAUCAAGAUCACACCCGCCCCCGCACUUGGCAUGCCAUCGCCCAAUACAAUUGUCAAUGUAUUUGUAGAAAUCACACCAACCAUUACACAUUGCUCUCUAGCCACUGUGUUGGGUCUCGCUGUUCGAGUUCGCCUUGAGCAGACACUGCCGCCAAACUACCGCGUGGACGUCAAGUGUAAGGAGAACAGCCACACACAAGACGACCAAGUGAACAAGCAACUUGCUGACAAGGAGCGCGUCGCUGCUGCCCUCGAAAACGACAACCUGCGAGGUGUUCUCGAUAAGAUGCUCGAGACGUGUGUUUAGUAUGGUGGCGGGAUGCGAGUCAGAUAUACCCUUUACCACAGGCUCAAGUUAUAUAGCAUGUACAUUUAACGCUUGAAAGUCUAUGAAUUUAUGAACAUAUCACCAAGAACUAGUCAUCUCAUAUCACAAACCCAACUAAAUAAUGUCAAUGAUGAAGAAGGAUUACUGAAAAUAUUUCUGAUUCCAUAAGACGCCAAACAUCGUUUUGUAAUUACAAAUCCCAUUUUUGUUUAUAAAUCGCCAACUAGCUUACAUGUCGCCCAGCAUACCGCUCUCCAUCAAGCUCUGGUAAAACUCAGGCUCCAAGAACGUCUUAACACUAACAUCCUCGCUCAGACCCUUUCGUCGCCUUGUCUUGAGGACAAAGUCUCUAGCAGUAGUCUGCGCCGUCGCCGGCUGCAAGGGGCGGAUGAUCUGCUCGCGGUCCAGAGGGUCUCCAGGGACAAUACUCCAGCUAUCAAAGACCAAACUGACCAUGGAGCUGCCCUGGGUACGGAUACGGAGGUCCGUCUCAAAGCCGAAACUGUCAAUGACGGGGAUCAGGCCGUUGACGCGGUACAGCGGCGUGCCGGCAACGGGGCCGUCGGAAAGGACAUGGCCACGACGGCGCGCGAGAAUGUUGUAUACUUCCAUCUGUGAGUCUACGGGUCCAGUGACGGAGACGGAGUAGAGGGGCUCCAUGAGGCGUGGCGAUGCCAUGAGGAACGAGGAGUAGCAUGCACGGCGGGAGGUGGGGAUGAUUUGACC